AUGGGCUUGGCGCCUGUUGAUGCGGCAGCGGGCACUGCACACUAUGUUACAAGCCAUCGGGAUGCUUGGGAAGGCUCGGUGAAGGCGAACAGGGCCGAAGGAGAGGGCGUAGGCAAUGGCGGCCAGGGCGAGUGCGUCGAGGGCGGCCAGGGCGAGGGCGUAGAUGGCGUCUGCCAAGCAAUGCGCCUGUUUUGGCACCAGCACCUGUCAAAAAAGAAGGUCGUGAGGACUAAUCGGCCUGCCGCGGGUAGCACCGCGCAGCCAAGGCUGUGCGAGGACACUCGCCGCCACGUCCCGCCCGGGGUCCUCCUGGUGGGACUGGAGUGGAUCUCCGCCAGGAGUGCACGAUCUGAAGCGGCUCAGGCCGAGAGGAUCGCCCGAGGCAUCGCGCGGCGUAAAGCUACAGCGCAGCGCGAGGGAGAGGCUUGGCAGGGUCAGAGGCCAAGCCCCGCAGCUCAGCCAGCUGAGCUGCCAGCGCCCCCGAGCCCGCCGGCCGAGGAGCGCAAGGAGGCAGCAGACGCUGCCAAGGAGGAGAAGUCAGAAGAAGACUCCCCGGCAUCUCCAGAGCCAGCAGGUCCGCUUCCACAAGAGGAGCCUGCAGUAGCUGGGAUCGUUGAGGCUGGCCCAAGGGUCAAGCUUAUCGAGCGGCCUCAGUGGGCGCCUCUAGGGGCUGGCAAGCCAGCUCUGGAGGCCACAGAGGAGACAAAAGGUCGUCUUCUCGGGCGGCACGAGCAUCACAAAGCUCGUGCGGUCUCAGCUCCCGCCGGCAAGGCGCGAGCUGCGUGGGCCCCUCCGCUUCUCGAGGCAGAGCGGGCAGACCCGCCUCCUCAGGAGCAGGACAGGGAGCGGGAGGAAAAGCCCAAGGCCAGGGUGCGGGAGUCUCCGCCUGGAGCAUCGGACUCGGCCAUUGAGGAGUCCGUUGAUUUUGGGGACGUCAGUGACCCAGAUCCUGAGCCGGUCGAGGACUUCAAGCACAAGUGCAAGCAAGCGCUCAUUGCGAGCCGCACCGGUCAGGUGCAGGCCCCACCUCCAGUCGCAAGGCUGAGAGCGGGCAGUGCUGCCUCGAGCUCGUUGGAGCUGGAGGAGGGGUUGGAGCGGGCAAUCCGCCUGGCCAGUUCGCCGCUCAGAUGCAGGCCCUUCGAAGCAGAGCGACAAGCCCUCCGAGCCGCCUUGGAGGCGUCGCAGGCCAAGACCACAGAGCUCACCAACGCCGUCGCUCAGCUGAUGCUAGCCCAGGGUCAGGCCGCGCAAAGACCAAACGGUCCAAGCGCGACCGCUGCCGCCGGUAACAGACCGAGCGGGAUCAUGCAUCACAUGGAUGUGAUGAAGGCUGUCCGCACGCCGCAAAAUCUGAAGGAUCGUGACGGGUGGGAAAAGUUUGUGUUCCAAACGGAAACGUAUCUAGCCUUCAUGGAUGGUAGCAUGCCAGAGGUUUUGGAAAUGAGUCGCAAAGCGACAGACUUUCUGGAUCCGGACGAGAUGUCCGAGGACACACUAGACCGCUCGCGCAAGCUGUUUGCUAUGUUAGCGAGUUGGGUGCAAGAUUGCCCGGCAGCAGCCAAGCUGUCACGAGGCAUUCGACAGCAGAACGGAUUCGAACUUUGGCGCCUCCUGUUUCGCGAAUUUGCUCCUGAGAACCACUCCAAAGCGCUGAUUUGGAGAAGAACUCUUUUGAGUCCCAAGUUUCCUGCAAAAGAAGCUGAGUUCAGCGCAGCCCUCCAAGAGUGGGAGGCAGACUUGGACCGGUAUGAGUCCGAGUACGGACCAAGUAAGGCCAUAGCCGAUGAAGACAAGCGGGCCGUGGUCAUCACCGAGGCACCCGCAGCUCUCAGGCAACACCUGGCGAUGCACGCCGCAGUGCUGAAUAGCUACGAAGCUGUCCGCGACGCAGUGGUUGGUUACUUGCAAGCCAAGCGAGUAUGGAGCCCAUCAGCCACGUACGCGGGAAACACCGCCCGGAAAGACGCCAUGGACAUUGGCAAGGUGGGCGAUGGGAAAGGUGCGGGCCCCUCCGCGUCCCAGAUAGCUCCGGCGCCCAGUGCCGCGUCCAGCGUGCGUGGAGCGGUGCGAACUGUGAGCGAGGGAACCUCUUCCAUUCGCAUGCUGCGAGUGUCUGAGGGAAAGGGGGACACCAAGAUCCCGGGCGAGAUCCUCGCGUUCCACAACCAGCCGGGUUGGCAUGGCUUGCCGAACCAGAAGGAAGCGCAAAUAGCUUUCCAAGUGGUCGAGGGAAUUACCGACAACAUCCUUUCGAUCAACCGAGCCAUCGAUGACGGAGCAAGCAUCCUGUUUUCGCCGCAGGAUUGCUACAUCCAAUGGCCGGAUGGGUCAAAGGCAACCUUCGAGCGGAAGGGAAGGCAAUUUGUGCUGCCUUACCGUGAGAAGGAUUGGGCCAGUAGAGCGCAUGUCCGCAUCGCGCCAGUGGUGGACCCAGAGCAAGAGGCUGUUGAGGCUUAUGCUGCGGCAGAGCACAGCAGCGAUGACGAUGAACUGCCUGCAGCAGAAGCAGAGCACCCAGCUGAGGAGGAGGAAGCCGCUGAUGGCGACUUGGAAGAGGAGGCGCUGGUGCCUGAAGCGCCAGGGCCUCUCGCAGCAGAAGCGCCUCCAGCGCCCACUGCAGCCGAAAGGGCAACACACAGUAAAAGCAAGGAAGACCCCCACAGGCGAAGAGCCAAUGGGGACAUCGGUGUGGAGAAGACACCGGUGAUCCAAAUUGACUACCUGUUCCUUGGAAGGAACGCCGCCGUGGUGGAGGAAGAGUCAAGUCUCUUCACCAUGCUGGUCGCUAUAGAUGUGGACUCUGGAUGGCCUUUUGCCCUCCAGAUUCCCAGGAAGGGCCUGGAGCACGGCCAGUAUGUGCUCAACAACUUGACGCUGUGGUUGAACAACCUCGGGCACGACAAGGCCGUGGUGCAGCAUGACGCUGAAAACACCAUAGGCCAGAUCCGAACCUUGUGGGCAGACGUGCAGGAAGUGGCUCAAGGGAUAUGGUUGGGCAAGUUGGAGAAGGACGACAGCCAUGUCAUCGGCACUACCGCCGGGGCAAUCGCUGUGCGGUCCGUCCGCCGCUUGCCCAGUGCGGAACAGAUCAACAACGAUCUGAUGGCCUGCAUGGCAACCGAGUCGCCCCACGUGAGACGUCAAGUGUCGUGGUCAUGCCAGCGCCUGCCCACGCAGUUUUGCAUGGAGAGCAAGGAGAAGGCGGAGGAGAUCGCGGACGAUGGAGCUGACAUCGACCUAGACGCAGCAGCCGUGGAGGCAGCGGCGGUCAUCGAGGAAAUGUCGGACUGCAGCCCGAGCGCGCCAGAAGGCGAGCCGCCCGUAGCAGGAGACACCGCCGGAGCAGCGCCCUCUGAUCCCUUCAGGGGGGCGGCGUGGCAUUCACCUCUUGCUUCGCUACCCGACACACCAAUGAGCCCAACUGGACUUGGAGAUGGGGGCCUGAAGCGGGAAGCACCGCCAGCUCAGCCAAGCAGCUCAGCAAAGACACCCAAGGUUGCGGGCAUUACCGCCCUGGAGAUCUGGGAAGCCAUCCAGAAAUGGGGCGAGUCUGACGAAGCGUCGAACCCUUUUGCGAUGCAGCGCAUCAGCAACGUAGCUGACUAUGUGGAUCAGCUCCUCAACCCUGAGCAGGUCCACAUAGCGCGCAAAGCGCAGCUCAAGAAGUUGUGGGAUAAGAAGGCAUUCACGCCCGUCCUUCGAGAGGAGAUCCCCAAAGGUUCCCAGAUCUUCCACCACAAGUGGGUUGACAAAAGCAGCCGAGGGGUGUACAAAAGUCGCUUCACGUGCGCAGAUGUGAAAGCGCGCUACACCAAAAGCCAGGAGGAGGAGAUGAACGUGUUCGUCCCUACUCCAACGCCUGAGAGUCAUGCGCUCCUUGAGGUGUAUGCCCUGGCGCACGGAUACCACACGAGGCCUUUGGACAUUGUAGCCGCGUUCCUGAUCGGCGCGGACAAGGGAGCCGCCGAAGGCAAUCCCGUCUAUGUCCGAGCACCAGUGGAGUGGCAAGAGCUAUUCGAGAAAUGGCUUGCGGGCCUAGCGCCGGCGGAUCAAGCCAAGUACCGCCACCGCUUCAAGGACCUGCUGUUCCGCCUAGACGGAAACCUGUACGGACGCCGACCAGCAGGUUCCGUGUUCAGGAACGAGCUUGAGGACAUCUUGCUCAACAAGCUGGACAAGAAGCGCUACCACUUCGUGCGGGGCGAGAAAGACCCGACGGUCUACCGCUGCACGAAGAGUGGAGUCGUGAUCGUGCACCACAUCGACGACUUCAGAGGUACAGGCCCAGACGACGCCUUGGACUACCUCUACGAUGUGGAGUUGCCGAAGUACUGCGAAGUUCAGAGUGGGGAACUUGAGCGGGUCGGCACUGUUGUGGAAGUGCUGAACCGAACCAAGAUCCGUCUGGAGGACGCCAUCCUCACACAAGCAGAUAAGGUGCAUGUCGAGAACAUCAAGAAUGCGCUCGGGGUCACCAAGGAAAGGUCCGAGGUGCCAAGCCGCCAACUUAACCUCCUGGAAGUGAUGCCACUUUCAGAGGAGGAUGCGCGAGCCUAUCGCAGCGCAGUUGGCAGUGCCAUUUACCUUUCUGCGGACCGAAGAGAUAUCCAGUUUGCCACGAAAGAGUUGGCCAGAAGGAUGUCCAAUCCCAGGGAAUGCGAUUUGAAAGCUGCCAAGAUACUAGCAGCCUACCUAAACCGCCAUCCAGAGAUGUACACAGUGGUAGCUCUGGAAGCGGGAGCCACCGCCCAGAACGAGCUGACCCUGGACCUGUUCACGGACUCGGACUGGGCCGGAUGUCUCGAGACGAGACGCUCCACCGACUGCUACAUCGCCGUGCUUGGAGGAGCUGUAGUGGCUUGCGGGUCACAGACGCAGCCGGGACUCCCAGCAACUAGCUCGCCUGAUGCUGAGCUGCGUGGCGUGAGCAGGGGGACGCGAGAAGCUCUCUUCAUACAGGAGCUGGCCACGAUCGACUUCGGGCUGAAGGUCAAGAAGCCUAAGCUCUGGACCGAUUCGAGCUCAGCUCAGGCGGCAGCCAGGAGGAUCGGGCCAGGAUCCAAGCUUCGCCACCUGGAGGUGUGCGAGUUCUAUGUGCAAGGAGCGAUCCAAGCUGGAAAGCUUAGCGUUGGAAAGGUCAAGGGCACUUGGAACCCAGCCAACUUCUUAACGAAGCAUGCCAAGACCGGCACAGAGGUGCGGGAAGCUCUGCCCUCGCUAGGAAUGCUGGAGAGCCUUGACAUCACCCAAUUCCAGCGCAUCAACGUCAAGGUGUCCGCGGUAAAGCGGCAGCCUUGGAAGCCAGGCUUCCCUGCCAAGCUUGAGGACGCUGGCGCGGGAAUGACCGCCCAGGCAGCGGGACCAUCCGCCUUGUGCAAAAGCACAAA